CGUGAGCGAGAAAUACAAAGCACAAGAUAAAAAAAAUUAAAAUUUAUAAAAAAGAAAGAAGAGAGAUUAUAGAAAGCGAAAGAGAGAGGGUUCAAGUUCAACAAGCCUCUCUUCUUUGUGUUCUUGCGAAGAAGAAAAAUCCCUCCGAGUCAACUCGGACGAGUUGCCUCAUCGUACGGUUCCUUCCUCGGACUCUUUCCUCUUCUUCCCCUUCCGAAUCACCGUUCGCAGGGUUUUGCUCUCUCUCUCUCUCUGUCUCUCGCUUCGUUUCUAGUUCAGAUCUCGCAUUGGCUUCAGCUGAAACCACGCGGUUUAAUUUCAUUCCCUUAAAUUAGGGAUUUAUCUUAUGUCGAAACACUUGAAGUGAUGAUGGUGUGGUUGUUGUGAGAAAUUAAUGAUCGUUGAGGGUGUGGGACAUUGGUACAGAGCUUUCAGUGUAGUUGACAACUACCUAGGAGGGAAGAAGAGGAAUCUUUCUUCCGCCGUUGUCGUGUGCCGUGGUUGUUGUACUGUUGAUGUCUCGGAAACUCGACAGCCCUGUGCAGACUCAGAUGGCUGUGGCAGUGAUAAGGAGCAGUCCACUUGGGAGAGAGUACCACGGGAAGCAACCCGCGGGUCGGAGGCGCGUGUUCGUGCAGACGGAGAAAGGGUGUGUGUUGGGUAUGGAUUUGGAUCGUGGUGACAAUGUGCACACUGUUAAGAGGAGGCUGCAGCUUGCCCUCAAUGUUCCGGUUGAUGAGAGUUAUCUCACUUUUGGGGAUAUGGUCUUCAAGAAUGACCUUAGUGCUGUUCGGAACGAUACCCCCCUUUUGCUCACUAGGGGGAAGAAUACUCAUAUGCCUAGGAGUUCCUCCACCCCAUGUCUAUCGCCAAAGGGGAGGGACAUUGAUAAAAGUGGGCCUAUUGAGAUAUUGGGACAGUCGAAUCGGCUUGAUGGGAUCAAGCACAUGAUCAAGGACAUUAUGAAGGCGAUUAAGAUGGGGAUUGAACCGAUUCCGGUGCAUAGUGGGCUUGGAGGUGCUUACUAUUUCAGAAACAGUAAGGGGGAUAGUGUUGCAAUUGUGAAGCCAACCGAUGAGGAGCCUUUUGCCCCGAAUAACCCGAAAGGUUUUGUUGGCAAGGCGCUUGGGCAGCCUGGGCUGAAGCGAUCUGUUCGGGUCGGGGAGACCGGAUUUAGAGAGGUUGCUGCUUAUCUUCUUGAUUAUGAUCAUUUUGCUAAUGUGCCUCCUACUGCGUUGGUGAAGAUUACCCACUCGGUGUUCAAUGUGAAUGAUGGUGUCAAUGGGAACAAUUUAUGGAGGAAAAGGCUGUUUAGCAAGAUUGCGUCUUUCCAGCAGUUUAUCCCUCAUGAUUUUGAUGCCAGUGAUCAUGGGACAUCGAGCUUCCCUGUUGCUUCUGUGCAUCGUAUAGGGAUUUUGGACAUUAGGAUUCUUAACACGGAUAGGCAUGCUGGGAACUUGUUGGUUAGGAAACUUGAUGGCAUCGGGAGUUUUGGUCAGGUGGAGUUGAUUCCCAUUGAUCACGGGCUCUGCCUGCCUGAAACUUUGGAGGAUCCAUAUUUUGAGUGGAUUCAUUGGCCACAGGCUUCCAUUCCAUUCUCGGAGGAUGAGCUUGCCUAUAUUGAAGAUCUUGACCCUUAUCAUGAUUGUGAGAUGCUGAGAAGGGAACUGCCGAUGAUCCGAGAGGCAUGUCUCAGAGUCUUGGUGCUGUGCACUAUUUUCCUCAAGGAGGCUGCGGCUUAUGGCCUUUGCCUUGCUGAAAUUGGAGAGAUGAUGACUAGGGAGUUCCGCAGGGGUGAGGAGGAGCCCAGUGAACUUGAGGUUGUUUGUUUGGAGGCAAGGAAGAUAGUGGUGGAAAGAGACAGGGAGGAACUGUCUCCCAGGUCUGAGAUGAGAGAUGAUGAGUUUCUGUUUGAUAUAGAUUAUUAUGAUGAAUUUGGAUCAGAUUUUACGCCAAAGAUGGCAAUAGAUGACCCUUUAACCAGAGCAACUUUUCUGCCUGCACUUGGGAAUGGGCAGUCUCGUAACCCGCUUUCCAAAUUGGAUGAAUGCAUUGAGGAGGAAGAGGAGGAAGCUGAGGGAGAAUCUCCUCAGGGGUUUGUUACUUCUGCUGCUGAAGAAAAAAUCCCAAGUGUUUCAGAACUUUCUGUGUCACUGAAAAAUACCAUGUUAGAUGGGAAAAACCAGAAUCAGCAGAAAUAUUCAGGAGGAAAGGUGGAGAAUGGUCAUUUUGCAAAUACAUCAUCUGGUCACAAGAGUGCCAAUGAGCAGCUUCCUCCAAGCAUAAGCUUUGUGGAUGUGACAGAAAUGACCGAGGAUGAAUGGCCAUUGUUUCUGGAGAAGUUUCAAGAGCUGCUGUAUCCGGCAUUUGCCAAGAGGAAAUCCAUAACCUUAGGUCAGAGGCAGAGACAGAGGCUUGGUACUUCCUGCCAGUUUUGAAGUUGAGCGAUAUGCUGGUAUGAUAGGAGAGGACUAUAGAAUGAAGAAGAAUAAGGCUUUGUAGGUUUCAGGGAAUGAAUGAAGGGUUGCUAAGAUAGUGUUCUGGUUUAUGAGAUUUGGAUGAGUGCUUUGGUUGGAAACGUCGUAGGAAAACCUGCUGUAAAUAUACUUGGCAUCAGCUAAGUGGUGAGCCGAUUAGUUGUUUGUAUUUUGAUUUCAUGAUUUCAUUUCUUCUUUUCCCCUUCUUCUUCUUUGUAGGAUAAAAUUGUGAAAUGAAAUUUGUGUAUAUAGUCAAAUGGCAUGUGCCUUGUCUUUUCUCCACUUAAUUUGGUGUCUGCCAAUGUUUUAAAUUGCAAUCGGGAGUUCGUCUCGUUUUGUUUCUUGA